CUCAGUUUCCCAUAGUCCACCGCGGCGGAGUGUGCUUCGCUGGCGCCUCCGCCGGGCUUAGACCGCGAGAUUUUAGUUCCGCCAGAGAAGGACAGAAGCGAGAAUAUGGGAAGUUGUUUCUUGGAGUCAGAGCCAUAGCGAGGAAGCUCGAUGGAUUAUUUGCCCUUCACCGCAGGAGAGCUAGUGUGCUUGGGCUCCAGCCUUGCCUUCUCAGGUCUCUUUUAUUACCUGCACAGGAAGAAGGCCAAGGUGGUGGCCAGAAUCCAGGAUGCUCCAAAGCUUCAGGUCAGUGCCAGCCUUCCUAGCAUCCUCUCUGCCACAGAUAGCAGCUGCUUGGACUAUGUCGUCAUUGAAGGAGUAGUACAGCCUGCUGAUGCCCCUCUGACCAGCCCAUAUCAUAGAGAAUUGCAAGGGGUGAUUGAGAGACUGAUGCUGAAGGAGCAUCGCCUGAUCUGGAACAGUUUGGCCCGGAGCUGGACGGAUAGUGAGCGGGUGGUGCUGGAGCAGGUCCACACCGUCCCUUUUGUCCUGGCCUCCCCUGGCGGCAAGGCAUCUGGGGGGCAGGUGAGUGUGGAAUCACCCCUCGAUGCUGUCAGCCUUCCCCUGGAGACUGUGUAUGAGCGCUUCCAGCAGACCUCCCCAGGCUUCACGGACCUAUUGGGCCACUACCUGAGUGGAGAGAAGCCCAAGGGAUUCCUGGAGACGGAGGAGAUGCUCUUGGUGGGCAGCAGCCUCACCGGCAUUGGCCAACUGACCCUGCAUCCAGACGGAUCCCUGCACCUGCAGCCAGUGACCGACGGCAAUGACUACUUCCUGUGUCUUGGUGACUGGCAAACGUUGCUGGCUGACUUGAGGUCUGUCAGCAACUUCUGGAAGUGGGCCACUGUGAUCUGUGGGUUGGUGGCCGCUGCUGCCGUCCUUCAUGCCCUCAGGCGUUUUUACCGCCUUCGCCGAUACAGACAGGAGCAGGAGGCGCAGCAGAGAGAAUUCGAAGAACUCAGGCGCCAAGGUAAUAAUUUGGACCAGAAUGCGGAACCGCCUGAAAACCCUUGUGUCAUCUGCCUUACAAACCGCCGGGAGUGUGUGCUCUUGCCGUGCGGCCACGUCUGCUGCUGCUUCGGCUGCUUCCAGGCCUUGCCCAACCGCAACUGCCCCAUCUGCAGGAGAGCCAUAGAGCGGGUGGUUCCUCUUUAUCAGGCCUAAGAGAAUGGUCAAUAUGGCUCCAGAAUGGCCACCGGACCCUUCUUGCCACUACCAGCACGGCAUUUCAGAGACCUAACAAAACAGAGGGUCAUAUGGCUGUGUCAGGGAUUGGAAAGAUGAAACUUCUGCUCCUUAAGUGUCAUGCCUCUUAGUUUCUCUUUUCCCCCAGGGAAACUUAUAGGGCUGUAGCUUCACUGCACCUGCUCUCUCCAAAACAACAACACAAUUUUUUGCUUCUAAAGGCCAUCUAGGGCAUUGUCACCAUGUUUUUGGGCUUUGCUGUGUCAUCUUAGUUCAGGAGAGAUGUUUUUAAACAACCAGAAGUGAAUGCAUGUCACUUCCUGGUUAAACAUUGGUGCUAACACUCUCUGGAGCUCAUUUUGGGACAAAAAUAUUAUUCUAAAAAAUAUUGCAACCAGCACAAAGUUCUUGCAGAUAUAGCUGCAUUGGAGUGAGCAAAAUGUGACUCUUGCGGUGUAGUUAGGACUCAGUCCCUGUGAGUGGGAUGGUGAAUCUGCUCCAGGUUUUACUCUUAACUUUUAAAAAAGCCUUCCAAGACAUCAGAUCUAUUUUGCAGAUAGGCUCCUGUGUCUUAGAUUGCUUCUUUCAAAGUUCAGGCUCAAACUCAAACCAAAUUCCUCACUGGUAUUGACACCACUAGUAUUGGUUAAAUGGCAAUGCUCAUUAUCCCUCAACACAAACUCUGCUGUCUAAGGCCUAUGGGGUCUGCAGUCCAGGGACACUGGACCUCCAAUCCCCAGAUUACUGGGUGAAGAUCUUCAGCUCUACUUAAGCUUCAUACAUGAGCAAAGUAACCACUUUGAGCCAGCUUCUCUGGGCCAAACUGGCUGCUCCUUGUAUCAGCAUUAGGGCUUUGACUCCUCCCAAAGUACAAGGAUCUUAGGGGGCCUGAAAAUAUCACCUUUUCAUAACUCCUUAAUGUAGUGGCCUGUUUUCAAUAGAACAAGAGUUUUAUUUUUAUAGACUUCCUUCCUCGCCACGUUUAGGUGGGAUAACUUUUUGCUAACCAAUUUGAUAUCAGUGCUCCUGCCUUGUGUAUUGUGUUAUGUCUAUGAGUUUUAUACUGAGGCCACAGCUUGAGUAAUCAUAUAAUGGUGAGAAAUUGGUCUUGAGCUCCCUCGAAAUACACCAGGGAUGGGUAUGAUGAGGCCUUUAGAUGCUGAUGGACAGCAGCACCUACCAUAUUUCAGCAUUGGUGAGUCUAGCUAGGGCUGCUGGGACUCUCAAUCCAAGAACAUUUAAAGGACUGCUUGAUUCUGUCUCUGGUGUAAGGAUUCUUUCAUAGGAGCUGUGACAUCAUGAACCUCUACAAUAAUAAAAUGAACCUCUAGCAGUCACACAAUUGCCAUCCUAUUAGUAGAUCAUUAUUUGGCACCCAAAAUAGGUUUAGGAUGAACCCAGUUCAAAUCGAGGCAGGCCUGCUGUUGCAGUUCUUAGUGGAACACGCAAAUGGUACUCUAUACUGAAUCUGUUGUGUAUAUGACACAAUUUGUCUCACUCAUCUCAGGGCAAUUCAGUCAGCCUGCUACUAAAAAUACGCUCUUUAAAACCAGAGUAUUUCCAAUCCCAUCCCUUAACUGCAUUGAACUUCAUUCAUCUCCCUUCAUCAGAAAUGCUUGAGCAGGGCUGGGCAACUGUGGCUCUCCAGAUGAUGUUGGACUCUGAUUCUCAUCAGCCCUAUCAAAUGAUUAUAUAUGUGUGUGAUAGAGGUUGCAGUCCAACAACAUAGUACGGCUUACUAUGUGUUGCCUAUCCUUGCACGAGAAGACAAAUCAAGCUGUAAGUCCAGCCACAUUUUCAUCUCUUCUGAUUGAUUCUGGUCUUGUUUUCUCCCAGAUGAUUGGCCUCUUGUUCUGAAUGGAGCACAGAGACUUCAUUGUUUUCUUUUAACUUUGCCUCGCUGUUAGUCAGGACUGAUGUUUCUUUGGCCCUGCCUUUGGGGCUGAGCUGGGCACUUGAUGGCGCUCAGCAGAGAUGCACACAGGAAAUGUGGAAUCAAAAAGAAUCGAUUAAAAUUGACAAAUCCA